AGCAAAAGCUGGAUAACCAUCAAGCAUAUGGAGAGAGUCAAUUCGAAAGAAUUACUCAUAAGAUUGUACUCCAGAGACAUGGAAAAAUAUCGCCUGCAAAUACUAUGCACUUGUUAAAAAUUUGAUCACUUUUAUCAUAUGGUUCGAAUUUGGCAUGCACAUAGUGAUCAUCUGACAAGCCCUAUAUUCUGUGGAAGGUUUCCAGAUAUUACAUAGAAUAUAUGAAUGUAGGCACUGCUGUAGCUGCAGCCGUUCCAAGGAUGCGCAUCUGUCCCAAUACUCAGCAGUCCAGGAACAACUGCUUACAAUAUCAACUACACAAAGCAUUCUGCCUGAUGACAGCAGAAUAUAGUUUACGGCAGAACCUGAUCAUCAACGGCAAAUUAUGUCCAAUUUACCGGAUGUGUUUUUCCAUUUGUCCUCGAUUCAUUAUGUUUCAGUACAGACGAGAGCUCUGGACUUUCUGAAGCGGGAAAGGUUGAAAAAGUUGUUUCCACAGGAUGUAAAAGUCACGUCCGGUUUCCAACGACAACAAAGUCAACGUAGAUUGUAUAAGACCUCUUCAGUUCCAUAUGAUUUCAAGAG